AUGCAUUUCGGAGAUGUUGUAUCAUUUGAUGCAACAUACGGUACUAACAAGUAUAACUUGGUUUUUGUGCCGUUCACGGGGGUUGACAAUCACAAAAGAUGCGUCACAUUUGCUGCAGGAUUGCUCACAAAGGAAGACAUAGAUUCAUACACAUGGUUGUUAGACAAUUUCAAGGCCGCAAUGGGUAACCCACCACUUUAUAUUGUUACAGAUCAAGACCUAGCUAUGAGGACUGCAAUUCCUAAGGUUUUUAAUGAAUGCCGCCACCGUUUCUGCAUGUGGCAUAUCAUGACAAAAGUGAGUGAAAAAGUGGGGCCUGAACUAGCAAAAGACGAGGUAUUUCGGAAGAAGUUAAAUAAGAUUGUUUGGAACGAGGUAAUAUCCGUUGAGGACUUUGAAGCUCAAUGGAAAACACUAAUGGAAGAGUACAAGCUGGCCAACAACCAAUGGCUAUGUCAUUUAUUUGAGCUCAGGAAAUUUUGGAUUCCAGCAUAUUUUGGAGAUGUGUUCAUGGGUGGGUUGAUCCGUACUACAUCACGAUCUGAAGCAGAGAAAAGUGCGUUUGGAAAAUUCACAUCCCCAAACGCUAGUCUAGUGGAGUUUUAUUUCCAGUACGAGAGUGCAAUAGACGCACAACGACAUAGUGAUGCUAAACGAAAUGCUCAAUGUGAGGGUUACUUCCCUGAUUACGAGACACCAUUACUACUUGAACGACACGCGGCUACAGUGUACACUAUUACGAUUUUCUACGAGGUUCAAAAAGAAAUAAUUGCGGGGUGCUUCUACUGUCAAAUAGUUGAGAUUCGCAAAGAUGGAGACUCUACCUGGUACGACAUUAAAGAGGAAUGCAACCGAAUUUUCUGUGUGAAACAUAGUCCAGCAGAUAAUAGUGUUUUAUGCAGCUGUGGAUUAUUCAAUCGUUUGGGUAUGGUUUGCAGACACAUGUUCUUGGUCUUCAAAGAUGCACGGCUAGAGUGCAUCCCUAACCAGUAUGUGGUGCCUAGGUGGACUAAACUAUCUUGCAUGGAGCAUCUAACCACAAGGGAGCAACAUACCUCAAGGGAUUCAUCCACAAAAUUAUUAAUGAAAAAAAUGUGGUCAGAUAUUUAUUCAUGUAUUGGGUUAGUUGGUGGUGACUCGGACCGAUUGGAACGCAUGACGCAGGUAAUUAAGGGGUUGAAAGAAGAAUUCACACAGGACGGAGCAACUCAGGAACUUGCAAAGGGCAACAAAGGUGUUAUAGAGGCAUUCUGUGAGACACGUGCACCAGACAUCGUGACCAUAAAACCCCCAUUGAAGGUCAAAAAUAAAGGUAGUGGAAGACGUAUCAAGAGCAAUAGAGAGAAAGGAAUCGAAAAGUCAAAGAAGCCGAAGCGACUGUGUAGAUCGUGUAACCAAUUUGCCCGGCACGAUAGCCGAAACUGUCCAACGGGUUAA